UCAGGGACAGAUCUUUCUUUCUAAGGGAAAAAUCUAGAGAUCAAUCCAUUUGAACUAGUUGAUUACCGCAUAUAAAAAAUAUUUUUAAAAACUAAAAACACAGAUUACAGAAAAUAUGGAUUUUGACCGACCGAUGAACGUUUCAUUUUUUGACUUUACCGGGGGAGUUCAACUACUCCACGGUGUGAACGCCAGGUCAGUCCUCCCUGUUAUUCUGAUAGGGAUCUGUUGGACUGGAGUCAUAGGGAACCUUCUGGUACUACUGAGUCUCGUCCACGACCUGAGAAACGGGACAGCAUCCGAAGUCAAAGCGCUACUUGCCGGUCUGAGCUCUACAGACCUAUUGAUCACACUGUUGUGUGCACCUGUGCGCGCAGUCACCUACUACAGACAGACCUGGAUCUUGGGAAGCUUGUUGUGCCAAACAGCGGAUUGGUUUCAGCACUCCUGCCUGGUCGCCAAAACGUUCACCCUGGCGGCAACAACCGGGGCAAGAUGUACCUUUGUUUCAGGCUCCUCUGAUAGCAAAUAUUUUAGCCACAUGCACAUCUAUGGAGCCCUGGCUUCCAUCUGGAUAGCAUCACUGGUCUCCUCCACCCCUCUUACGAUAUUCACGUCUUUACAGCCAUACCAUGACGUCAAGCUGUGCGUAACUGAAAUACCAUUUUGCGCAUCUGGGUUCAUGGAUGUGUUCUACAAGAUCUACCCAACCCUAACUUACCUGGUGCCCAUUCUCUUUACCGUUGUGCACUACACCAAGACACUACUGGACACGAAGCCGAAGAGGGACCUUGACGUGACCAGUGUUCAACCCCAGGACAAGGGGGCCACUGCGGUGUGGUUAUCUGUCAGUGUGGCCAACGCGCUCAUGCUACUGCCUGAAUGGAGCUCAUGGACUUGGGCUCGGUUGGGAUACAGUAACAACUACACACCUCCUGUGGGGUUCGUCAUCUUCUCUCAGGUCCUCAUGUACUCAUGUAGCUCUCUGUCUCCCAUCAUAUUCCUCACCGCAUAUGAAGACGUGCGUCAUGGGCUCAAAAGUCUGUGGCUUUUCAGAACUUGCAGACGCUCGAAACGCACCAGUAUUAGCACAAGUCCAAAUAUGGAGGAGCACGGAGCAGAGGGAAGAGGAGCCAUUGUCAUCUAUCCACUCGUGGACUUGAAACAUGCGUCUUUGGAGACGCCAGAGGGGUGCGAUCUGCUUACAGACACUGCAGCGCGGAAGAUCUUUCCUGACUUGGAACACUUUUGGACAGAGCGCGUGGACACGCACGAUCCACUUCCGUGGGAGUCACAGGAGGAAAAAUCAUACUUUAAAUCCUGAAUUGAUCUGAGCGGACGGUGAGACAGACGAUUUUGGGAUGAAUAUAUUCUUGCUGUCCCACAUAUUAUUUGGAAAUGGUCCUCUUUCUGAUUUAUAUGCGUUAGCCUAACUAUUGUAUUAAAAUGACAUCUUUUUCGCAUUAUUCAUACACUCAGAAUUCGUUGCUUCAUCUUCAGUAGCCUACCUCUCCUUGUUGUGCAUGAGAGUUCAAUUGCGUGGUCUCAGUGGGUGUUCUCACUAAGUAGAGUACAUGGGCGGAGAAUCAAGUCGCAGUUAACUUAAAUAUUUAAUUAAAUUGAAUAUGAUUAGAAUGUAGUUUACUACAGUGUCUGUAAAUAAAUAUUGAUAAUGGAACAAAGAGGGUGCUCAACCAACGUGAGUCGAAGUACAAUGAAAAGCAUGUCAUUAUGAUUGAAAGGCACAACUCGCACAUAGGUGACCAUAGGUUAGGUUACUAUGAUCACUUGAUGUAAAAUGGGACCCAACGGGGCCAUAUAGUAGGCUUCACACAACCUGUUAUUCUGCUCUGUGGUGUCCAAAUUGUCCUAAAUCCAGCAGGCUGAACACAACAAAAAAAUGCAAUUUCAGAAUGUUGGGGAGACAUGACCCCCUCUCCCCCGUCCCCGGGGAAAGUUGGGGAGACAUGACCCCCUCUCCCCCGUCCCCGGGGAAAGUUGGGGAGACAUGACCCCCUC